UGCACGCCUUUCCUAUAAUCCCCACACACUCAGCACCCACCAAAUCCACCUUCUGAGUGAGGGAACUCCUUCCUCACCAGCACUCUGAACGGCAAGUUCUUCCCCCAUCCCCCGACCCCCCACUCCUCCGCGGCUAGAUGCCCCCAAACAGCGCGAUAAGGCCUUAUCUUUUUCUCAGGAUCCCUCUUGCGCGUCUGGCAACCUGGAAGUGUUUGGAGAAGCGGACUGCUUUUGGAGACCUAUGGAUUGUUCAGCCUGUGAAGUGCUCUGUGUGUAGCCAGGGAAAACCACGAUUAGAAACGGCUCCAUAAACCCCCCUUCCACUGUGGAGAGACCGGAAGGAGGGAACUCUGCUGUGUGAUGCUCGCAAUACGUUGACAACAUUUAGCUCACAGUGCUUGGAUUACGGUGCCUCUAUUGCAAGAAUUGUGUGGCGAAAUAUGGCGGAGACGGAGGAAGGCUUCGGGCUGCCAGCAGCACCACAUAGCGAGUCUGAGCCCAAUGAGCAUUUAUCUGAAAGUAAGCAGGACAGCCAACUUGGAGCCGCCAGAAAAUCCCCCUCCCCACAACAAGCUACAUACACUCAACAGGGCAUGGAAGGAAUCAAAGUGUAUUUGCAUGAACGCGAGUUAUGGUUAAAAUUUCACGAAGUCGGGACUGAGAUGAUAAUUACUAAAGCAGGAAGGCGCAUGUUUCCUAGUUACAAAGUGAAGGUGACCGGGUUAAAUCCGAAGACGAAAUACAUCCUUCUGAUGGAUAUUGUGCCAGCAGACGACCACCGUUACAAGUUCGCUGAUAACAAAUGGUCAGUGACUGGGAAAGCAGAACCUGCGAUGCCAGGCAGGUUAUACGUUCACCCAGAUUCACCCGCCACCGGGGCCCAUUGGAUGAGACAACUAGUCUCCUUCCAAAAACUCAAGCUCACCAAUAACCACCUCGACCCUUUCGGGCACAUUAUUCUAAACUCGAUGCACAAAUACCAGCCCAGGCUGCACAUUGUAAAGGCUGACGAAAAUAACGGUUUCGGUUCCAAGAACACCGCUUUCUGUACGCACGCUUUUUCGGAAACCGCCUUUAUUGCGGUCACGUCCUACCAGAACCACAAGAUUACACAGCUCAAAAUCGAGAAUAACCCUUUUGCAAAGGGAUUUCGAGGAAGUGAUGACAUGGAGCUGCACAGAAUGUCCCGCAUGCAAAGUAAGGAAUACCCUGUGGUCCCGAGGAGCACGGUCAGACAACGUGUGGGUUCUACUGCGAAUCAUUUCAGUGGAGAAGUGCGAGUGUUGCCUGUGUCAAACAACCUGAACUCUCAGUACCAAUGUGAGAACGGGGUUUCAAGUUCGUCACAAGAGCUGCUGCCUCCCAACCCGUACUCAGUCUGCCAGGAGCAGAGCCCUCUCUACCACUGCAGCAAAAGGAAAGCAGUAGACGAAGAUUGCAACUCGACAGAACAUCCAUACAAGAAGUCAUAUAUUGAAAGCUCGCCUCCAGAGGAUGACCCAUUCUACAGGUCCUCAAGUUACUCCCAACAGCAAAGUCUUACGCCCUCUUAUAGGACUGACUCAGCACAGCGACAAGCAUGCAUGUAUGCUGGCUCAGCAGCAGACACAGAUCCCAGUGCCAGGCUUGAUGAUAUUAAUUGUAACACUUGGGCCACUGUUCCCUCAUACAGCAGCUGCACAGUUACAACAAUGCAACCCAUGGACAGAUUGCCCUACCAACACUUUUCAGCACAUUUCACAUCAGGCCCGUUAAUGCCUCGCAUCUCUGGAGUCACCAACCAUACAUCUCCACAGAUAGGGGACACUCACAACAUGUUUCAACAUCAGAGCUCAGUUUCGCAUCAGCCCAUAGUUCGGCCAUGCGGCCCUCAAGCUGGGAUCCAGUCUGCAAGCAAUCUUCAACCUGCUGACUACUUGUAUCCACAUGGCAUGUCAAGAACCCUCUCACCCCAUCAAUACCAUUCAGUACCUGGAGUGGGUAUAGUGCCUGAAUGGACUGAGAACAGCUAAUUCAAAGAAAUCUCCAUUAAUCUGACAUACAUGAAUGUUUGCGUUAUGUAGGACAUUGUUUCAAGCAAUAUUUAAAACAACCAAACCUGACAGUACUUUUCAAGUGAUAAAACUUCAUAUAAUGACAUUAUAUUUGAUAUAUUCUUUCAAUCCCCACUCCAUCAUACUACUUAUCUGAAUGAAAUUGAAAUUGGUUAUUAACGUAAAACAAAAGUGAAGGGUUCCAUCUGGUGGAUGUUUCUCUGCAUUGUAUGGUCUAUAUUCAUCAGAAUGUUGCAUGUUUGUUGUUGGACAAUCAGAAACAUCAGUAAUAUGUAUGCAGUCCAUCAUAAAGUUCCCCAUUUUGUGCCAAUCUUCUAUUUCCAUUUUGUUCUCAGCAUAAAUACAUGCUGUAAAGGUGAAGAGGAAUGAAUGUGGAGUUUUUUGGGUAGUUAUCAUGACAUUUAUUUAAUAACUAUUUCAAAAUGUUGCUAAUGGGGUCCAUGGUGAGAUACAUCAAAAACUGUUCAUGGUACUACUGCUUAGAACAUUACUCUUUGUUAAAUAACCUUUUGCUACAUGCAGAGCUUUAAAAUUUCCAAGAUAGCUGCCUGACAAAACAAUCCUGAAGAGAUCUAUGCACACAACUAAGGCGCUGGAGGGAGGUGAAUCAAUGUCUCCUGUACCAUCAAGUUAAUAUUUAUCAAUACUAGGUGACUAAAAGCAAAAGUAGGAAUAUUACGUGACUAAUAUUUGAUUAAAUUUAUUUUUAUAUAAAGUAAUAUCAAGCACACAAACAGGAGCAAAUGAUCUGAAAUGAGCAUUUAAUUUCAAUAAUGUAGAAGAUCCACCACUUACCUCACCUAUCCUUUCUCAUUCAUUGGUUGAGAAUUGAAAUAAACUUCAGAAUCCAAAAAGAUAUCAUUUACAUCCAAAAAUCUGAAUGAUGUUGAGAACACAUUAUUGUUUCAAUAAGGAGGCAUGUACCCUGUACUUCAGAAGAAAUUUAAGGUGAUGGUACUUGCUUUGUUCAUUGAACAGGUUGGAGAGCAUAGGGGAAUGUGCAGUCCAUUAACAGAUAACCCGAUUUCUGGAUGUAUAUAACAAUGUAACAACUCAACAUCAGUACAUGCAAAUUAAUGGAUGUACAUAAUGGAGAGCCCAUAGACAGUCUUUGUUUCACAUACAGUAAAUGUUUUAUACAGGUACCCAAUUUUAGCUAUUUUGAUCAUGUGAUGUGUAGCAUCAAGCUUCUGUCUCCACAUUUGGUCAAUAUAAGUGUUUACAUCCUAACGCAAAGAAUAAUAUUUUAAAUUAUGUAUCAAGCAAUAAGUAGUUGUUUAUUCAACAUAAACAAAGUGCAGAAAUUGCUUGUAUUAAUUAUCAGUGUUCUUCUGGUGAAUAGUAUUUAUUGUUGGACAACCUAAAAAGUCCUUGUUUUUGGAGUAUUAAGAAUGAUUUAUUCUUAGAGAAAAGUUGUUAUAGAAGUGUGGUUGGAAGUCCUUUGGUGUAUAAAAGAGAUGAAUCAAUUAAGUUUCGUUGUAAAUAAAACACAGUGUAUAUACUGACAAGAAAUAACUUCAGAUACUAUUUUUGAGCGAUUUACCUUUUCUCUGACACCGUGUUCUAAAUCUAUCCAUUAAAAUAGGGAUUUGUCAUGAAUGGGUUAACUAAGUCAAACAUUCAUUCCUGUAAAAUAUUGUAAAAUUCAAGUCUCAUGAUUUCAAAC